AUGGCACGUACCAAGCAGACCGCAAGAAAAUCUACUGGAGGUAAAGCUCCACGUAAACAACUGGCCACCAAGGCAGCCCGUAAGAGCGCUCCAGCAACUGGUGGCGUCAAGAAACCCCACAGAUACAGGCCAGGAACCGUCGCUCUUCGUGAGAUCAGGAGAUACCAGAAAAGCACAGAGCUGCUGAUCAGGAAACUGCCAUUCCAGCGUCUGGUCCGUGAGAUUGCUCAGGACUUCAAGACCGACCUGCGUUUCCAGAGUUCAGCCGUCAUGGCUCUCCAGGAAGCCAGCGAAGCCUACCUUGUCGGACUCUUUGAGGACACCAACUUGUGCGCUAUCCACGCCAAGAGAGUCACCAUCAUGCCCAAAGAUAUCCAGCUUGCCAGACGUAUCCGUGGCGAGAGAGCUUAG